UUAUCUGGUGAUUAGAAGGUUCAAGUGCCGUUUUUCCAAUUCUACCAAAGUUCAGUGAAUGCAGCAUCACUUCCAUGCUUAUCCAAGCACAGUGAAAGGAUCAGGAUCACGAUUAUUGUGGCCGAAUGAAUUCAUGAUAACGAUACUAUCGCGAUAUGGAAAAAAAUUUAAUUAAAUCAAAAACUUAAAUUACAUAAAAAAUAAAAUAAAAUUCAGUCAAAUUAAUUUUUCAACUUUGAGUGUAGGGACGUGGAGAGUCUGUUACAACUGUACAAAAGAGAAUAAUUUAUAUUUAAUGGGGAGUGAAAAGGGAACAAGAUGAACUGAUAAAAGAUCUACAAGGUCGAACAUCUGAUAUUAUCUCGUGUGUAUUAUUAAUACAAUAUCAAUAUUUCAUUUUUUAAAUAUCAGAUAUUGUCAAUAUGGUGAAUUAUUCAGUAAUUUUAGCUCUUAAAGCUUCUAUAAAUUAAAGAACAGGAAACAAUCCGUCUGUAAAGAGUAGAAGAAGAAACUGAUCUAACACUGGAAAUAAAAAGAGUAAAGUCUGCUGACGACUCGACAACCUGAGACUCAUUUUAAAAGAGGAGUUUAAUGUUCUGAGACUGAACUUCUCUGUAUGUGAAUCUUCAGGAGCGUCGUUCACCUCCCAUCUGUAACAGGAAGUCCUUCCCUUCUCCUGACUCUUCAUUUCACUUUCAUCUCAUUUCAGACGACUCACACCAACAUCUGUGAACAUGUGUUUCUGCAGCAGGAGAAGCAUCAUGACUUGGGUGGGACAUCUCUUCGUCAUCAUCAGCAUCUUCAUCGUGAUUACCGCCACGCUCUGCCUGCUCCUCUCUCAGGGUCUGCCGUCUCCAGCCGCAGAUUGUUUACAUCGAGGCGUUGAUGUUGAGGUUGAGAAAACCAACCGCACCGUCCUGCACAUCAUGGAGAGCGAUGUGGUUACCAUGGGGAUCGUGGUGAUCGGCAUCCUGGGAGUCUAUGGAGGCCUGAAGAGGAACCUGGUGGCUCUGAUUGUGUUCCUGGGCUGUACUGUAGGUUCGCUGACUGUGGGUUGGCUGAUGGUGAGAGAUGUCGGCGGAGUCCCUGCUGCUACAGUCCGUCCACAGUUGGAGAGCAUGACGGAGGAAUGGUGGCGUUCUCGUCUGCCACUGGAUCAGGCCUCAGACGACAUCAAGAACUGGGUUGAAGGUCUGCAGUCGAUACUUGGCUGCUGCGGGAUUUUCAGCUACAAAGACUGGGAGGACAAAAUCCCUGACUCCUGUCUGUGCAUCCAGGAGGAGAAGGAAGGGGUGGAGGGCUUGUGUCAGACCGUCAACUACAGCAACUUUCUGUUGAACCUUUUCUGGCAAAAGAAGUCCGUCUUCUCAAAGCCCUGCUUCCCCAUCAUCAUGAUCUCCAUCAGAACAGACACUGACAUCGCACAGCGCGUACACUUCCUUCUCGUGGUCCUGAUGCUGCUGGCAGCGGUGCUGUCUUUACCGAUGAUCUACCAGAUGAUCAAAGCCGCCAAGAGGCCGAGCGCGCCGCUGUCUGUGACGGUGACGUUCACCGACCACCCGCCUGCCUACCAUCAGCUGUACAACCUGCCUGAUUAGGGAGCGAUCACUUUCACAACAAAAGCGUGAUGCAUGAUUUGUUUGACCUUGAUGUGGAAGCCAAGCUCGGGGAACACCAGCAGGACCCUCGAGUACGAUACAGGUGUAGGUUGUCAAGGACAACACGCUUGUUACCAUAAUAUAUAGAGCAUCAUGUUAUAAGCCCUUCCUAUAAACAAACUAUCAUUACUGAUGACACAACAUUACUUUUGCUAAGCUAACAUUAACUACUAAAUUGGCAUCAGUUGCCAUGGCAACAGUAAGCAUUCAUAUUGCAGACUGAGGGAAUGAAAGCAGGGUGCUGGACUUUAUACAUGAGACUGAAAAAUUGUUUUAUUUUUAUGACUUCUUAGCUAGCUGGUUUAGCUUAUCUUAGCUUAGCCUUUGUAAACCUGUGAUAUAAAUCUGCUUGAAAAAUACAAGUUUGUGAAUGUGAAAGAAAAUGUGCUUGUUACUUGUUACUGUGUGAAUCAAAACGGAACCAGUGAAGCCUCAUAAUCUCCUGGUAAAAUGACAUUUUAUAUUAUUAGUUUGGGUGAAAAACUCGGUUCUAUCUCCUCAUACAUGAAGCCUCGCGCUCGAGGAGCGGAGAGAGGAAGGAGCUCGUUACUAUCAUCCACUUUCAUCAAGGUGCGCCGCUCAAAGCAAAACAAAAGCGCGGGCUGAUGACGCAGACCCUCUCGUAUCUAGGUAACGCAGUUACUCUUAAAGGCACAUUUCACA